UGAUUAUUGUGUUAAAAUUAUUUUUUUCUUUCUUCUUUCUUUUUUUCAUUUUCUGCAACAAGAUGAGGAUUAUUACGUGUUGUAAACACUCCAUGCAGUGACUCCAACAAGCCAUGCAUGGGAAGCUUUCUGUACAUCUUCCCGGUUCAAGUGAAUGAUGACCAGAUUAUUCUUGAUAAGACUGUUGCUGAUCAAGUAUCUAUAUGGAAAAGCAGCAGAGGCCUAACUAAUAAGGUGGUCCCCAAUCAUGAUUGCUCUGGAGAAACAUGUUCUUAUUAUCAAAUUGGAGAUGUAUUCGUUUGUGAGAAGACCGGACAGGUCCAUGUUUGUGAUGAUACAUGCAGAGAAGCUGUUUUGGACCCUACAAAUGUGCUUUUGGUUUGUACAAUAUCUGGGCACUGCUUUGAUCUAUUACUGUCACCAUCUGAAAUGGAGCCGGACACUGUAAAAGAGAUCUCCUUUAACUUGUACUUGGUGUCCUUUGUCAUAUAGCACACUUACGUUUUUAAUUUCAGAGGUUUCCUGACUUUCAUUGUGCACCAUAACAGUCCAUGAACUAUAAUAUCAUUUUAGUAUUACAAUUUCUAAAACA